AUGGCCUUCAGCCAGGGUGUGGAGCCAGCUACGGCUUUCAGCCAGGGUGUGGAGCCUGCUACAGCCUUCAGCCAUUGUGUGGAGCCUGCUACGGCCUUCAGCCAGGGUGUGGAGCCUGCUACGGCCUUCAGCCAGGGUGUGGAGCCUGCUACGGCCUUCAGCCAGGGUGUGGAGCCAGCUACGGCCUUCAGCCAGGGUGUGGAGCCUGCUACGGCCUUCAGCCAGGGUGUGGAGCCUGCUACGGCUUUCAGCCAGGGUGUGGAGCCUGCUACGGCCUUCAGCCAGGGUGUGGAGCCUGCUGUGGCCUUCAGCCAGGGUGUGGAGCCUGCUAUGGCCUUCAACCAGGGUGUGAACCCUGCUACGGCCUUCAGCCAGGGUGUGAACCCUGCUACGGCCUUCAGCCAGGGUGUGGAGCCUGCUAUGGCCUUCAGCCAGGGUGUGGAGCCUGCUACGGCCUUCAGCCAGGGUGUGGAGCCUGCUAUGGCCUUCAGCCAGGGUGCGAACCCUGCUACGGCCUUCAGCCAGGGUGUGAACCCUGCUACGGCCUUCAGCCAGGGUGUGAACCCUGCUACGGCCUUCAGCCAGUGUUUGGAGCCUGCUACGGCCUUCAGCCAGGGUGUGAACCCUGCUACGGCCUUCAGCCAGGGUGUGAACCCUGCUACGGCCUUCAGCCAGGGUGUGGAGCCAGUUACGGCCUUCAGCCAGGGUGUGGAGCCUGCUACGGCCUUCAGCCAGGGUGUGAACCCUGCUAUGGCCUUCAGCCAGGGUGUGAACCCUGCUACGGACUUCAGCCAGGGUGUGGAGGCUGCUACGGCAUUCAGCCAGGGUGUGGAGCCUGCUAUGGCCUUCAGCCAGGGUGUGGAGCCUGCUAUGGCCUUCAGCCAGGGUGUGGAGCCUGCUACGGCCUUCAGCCAGGGUGUGGAGCCUGCUAUGGCCUUCAGCCAGGGUGUGGAGCCUGCUACGGCCUUCAGCCAGGGUGUGGAGCCUGCUAUGGCCUUCAGCCAGGGUGUGAACCCUGCUACGGACUUCAGCCAGGGUGUGGAGGCUGCUACGGCCUUCAGCCAGGGUGUGGAGCCUGUUAUGGCCUUCAGCCAGGGUGUGGAGCCUGCUACGGCCUUCAGCCAGGGUGUGGAGCCUGCUAUGGCCUUCAGCCAGGGUGUGGAGCCUGCUACGGCCUUCAGCCAGGGUGUGGAGCCUGCUAUGGCCUUCAGCCAGGGUGUGGAGCCUGCUAUGGCCUUCAGCCAGGGUGUGGAGCCUGCUAUGGCCUUCAGCCAGGGUGUGGAGCCUGCUAUGGCCUUCAGCCAGGGUGUGGAGCCUGCUAUGGCCUUCAGCCAGGGUGUGGAGCCAGUUACGGCCUUCAGCCAGGGUGUGGAGCCAGUUACGGCCUUCAGCCAGGGUGUGGAGCCUGCUACGGCCUUCAGCUAG